CACGGAGGUAGACGCUGCACACUGCACGCACAGUGUUGACGCGUCUCCAUCUCAAACUGAGCUGGUGGGAGGUCUCCCCUCUGCCGUCACAUCCCAGAUUCACCCCUUCUCCUCGUUGCUUUCAGCCGGCUUGCCCUCCUCCCUCCCCAGUCUCCCCUCGUCGCCAGCCCCGCCGCCGCAGCCGCAGCCGCCGGUACCCCACCACCCCGAGAGAAGGAGGUCGUCUCCUCCGUCACCCCUCCGUCCUCUCCUCCGCUGGGCUCGCGGGGAGCGAAGAUCCGCCCGGACGCGGCUCCUCUUGCUGAUUUCGGGGGUUGUUCUCUUGCCGCGGCGAGUUUAUAGGAUGAUGAGCUAAGAAGGUAUAGCUCGUGCAAGCCGCCGCGCCUUUGUUGUUUCUGAUAAACCGACGAGCAGGCGAGAGUCUUGCUUGAGGUGGUAGUGAGAGAUGGAUGCAGUGUCCGAGGUUGCCGAUGCCAUGGGUGCAUUGGGCGUUGACAAUGGGGCGAGCCAGAAAUUUCUGCCCAAAGACGGUCCAGACAGCGAGGAGUUGGCCGAUGUGGCGCUUUCGGGCGAGAGUGAGGUGAUCAAUCCAUCUGAAGAGGUGGGUGGUGAAGCCACCUCGCCAUCGGAGGACAUAAAGUCGCAACCGGAGGACAUAAAGGCCCGUGUUCCCAAGGGAAGCCAAAGCCGUUCCCCUAAGGUUACCAAAUCACAGCGCCAGAGCCCACGGAGCGGCGAUAAGAGUCAAGCUAAGAAAAACACUCCGAGUUCUCCGUCCACUAAGGCGCCCAUUGCACGAGUGUCUGAUCCAGAUUUAGUUGAUAGCUCUUCAAGCAAUGGUGAUGCUGAUGUUAAGAAAAAGGCGGAGAAGAGCAAUUCCCGACCAGUUGCUAAGGAGAGCUUGUCGCUCGAGGAUUCAAAGGAGAAGAGGAAAACUCAGAAAGCAUCUAACCAACGUGUUGUCAAAAACGAUGAAGAAUCUAAUUGUGAAAGAGUAAAGCCUCAGAAGGUCGGCAGCACCCCUUCAUAUGGAUUUGCCUUCAAAUGCAACGAGAGAGCUGAAAAAAGAAGGGAGUUCUACUCGAAGCUCGAGGAGAAGAUCCAUGCACAGGAAUUGGAGAAAAACAACAUGCAGGCAAAAUCAAAGGAAAUGGAAGAAGCUGAACUCAGACAGCUACGGAAAAGUUUGAAUUUCAAGGCAGCACCGAUGCCCAGCUUUUAUAAGGAACCACCAGCUCCCAAAGUUGAGUUGAAGAAGGUCCCUACCACCAGACCUCGAUCACCAAAGCUUGGUCGCUCAAAGAACACAACCUCAGCAGGCACAGCAGUAAGUACCAAUCCUUCGAGCCGCCCAGUUCGUCUGAGCCUCGACCAAAGGGCCUCCCAAAACAGCCCCAAGGCAGCACCUGCUCCGAAGAAGUCCCAACGGAAAUCUCUCCCCAAAUUGCCGUCAGAGCAGACAGGUUCUGUUGACAUUGCAACUUCUAUAUCUUCUGCAGAACAGCUAGAAAUUAGCAAGUCAACUGCAGAUCCCAUCCGGACGCCAAUCCGUGCUCAAGUCACUCCAGACGACCAUGUGCUCAAUGCAUAGAAAACGGUCGAGUCCAGUCUUUCGGAAAGCUGAGAGUCAUGCCUCAGCGUCCCAUGUCUGCAUUUUUGUUAUUUGGGUAGUAAACUUGUGGCUGGUAUCAUGUGCUUGAAUUAGUGUAAUCACCUGGAGUUUGAAGCAUGGCAAGCAGCCAACGUACUGUUUAUCUUCUCAGUUUGUGUUGUUUUUCAAACAGUACAAGGGAGUGGUGUUAUUUGUAGUUAGUAACAUUUGCAUAUGACUACCUUGUAUUUCCAGGUCGCAAGACUUUUCCCCGCA